CCUUGCAUAAAUGACAACAAUAACUGCAGGAGUUCGCUGCUGAUGGGUUUCCAGCAGGCUGUUCCAGAUCUGCUAGCAUUUGCCUUUCCAUUUGAUCCAGAUAGGUGUAAGUGGGAGACAGUCAACAGCCAAGUGAUGGAAUCCCUGCCUGAAGCUCUGCCUUCACCCUGAGCAGCUCAGAUGAAGAGGCCUCCAAGGUCCAAGCUUUGGUCGUUUCUGCAUUUAUUCUUCCAGGAAAUGAGGCUCAAAUUGGGUGAUUCUUCUGCUACCAAAGCUCACGGAUGAGAGCAGUUCAGCCCAAUGGGUGGGUAUGGUUUGGGAACAGGGUGAAAACUAGAGAUUUAGGUAAAGAAAAAAGAGCAACAAACCAUCAGGAGCGAAGUCAGGAAUCAAGACUUCAUUUGAGGGCCAGGGAGGUACUUGGAUCAGCAGCAGAUGUUGGCUGUUUUAGCAGCGAAUGGGGAAGCUACCAUAAAAUGAGGCUGUUCUCUAUGUCCAACCCCAGUUUGAUCCCAGCCCCACUGACCACAGUCCCGCUGAAGGAUGCAAUCCUGAAGAUGCCUCAGAUGGAGAGAACAAAUUGGCUACUGGUAGCCCCAGUGGCCACUUCCUCAUGCCACUGAGCUGCCUGGCCUCAUGCAUGCACACACACAUACACAGUGUGAUGCUGUUUUGGGGCCAGGACAAAGCAGCCAGUCACCUGCCUGGUUACUUGAUGUCUAUGGACAUGUGUUACCCCAUCUCUCACUAUAUAGUAUCCUGGUGAUGCUGCAUCUUCCUCGUAGCACAGAUGAACUCAUAUCAGCAUUGAAUCAUCUCCAGGACAGAGUUAAAGCAAUUGACAGCUUGGAGCUCACAGCCCAAAUAUGACGGAGGGAGUUUGGUUUCCUUCAUAGAGCAAAUAAUUAACGUUAGUCAGGAGCUGUGAAUGUGAGAAGUGUUGAACACUCAGCAUUAGUCUUCAGAAUGCAGAGCAUUAGGAAAGAAGAGCCAGAUUUGAAUAGUGGGUGGAUGAGAAUGCAAUGUAUCCUCUCUUUGCAGAUAGGCACACGGAGACCUCACAUGGAGCCUAAUUAUUUCAGUUAUUCUGUAGAGCUCCCGUAGCUCUCAUCUACGCUGCUUUGCAGUACAAACCAAGGCUGUGAUUCAUUGCUCAGACUUCACCAUGGUGCAAUCCUACAUUAUUAGAGGGGAGUGAUUUGUGCCACACUGAGGCAGUAAAUCAGAAUGCUGUUCACCCCAGGCAUCUCAGUGUGAGCCAUGGUUCAAUGCUUGGAGCAACAGAACAAGAUCCUGACUACACGGUGGAACUUCCUGAAGGAUCAAGACAAUUCCCACUCCGAAUCGGACAUGAAGGCCAUCUACGAUCAGUACAUGAGCAAAAUGAAUCAAGAGAUGCAGGCACUCAACUACGAGCAGGAAAAUCUCGAGUCGGAGUUGACAGAAGUCCUGAGCACUAUGGAUAACUUCCGAAGCAAAUAUGAGGAUGAGAUUCGCCUGUGCAGCGGCAUGGAAUACACCUUCAUGGAGCUCAAGAAGGAUUUAGAUGCCAGCACCUUGCACAGAACGGAGCUGGAGGUGAAACUCAGCGGGCUCCAAGAGCUGAUGGACCUGAAGAAAACCAUUUAUGAGCAGGAACUCGAGGAGCUGCUGACAGAAAUUAAGGACAUUUCUGUUGUAAUGGGAAUUGACAACACGUGCAAGCUCGACCUGAGCAGAAUUGUGGAAGAAGUGAGGGCUCAGUAUGAAGCUCUGGCUCUUCGGAGCUGGGAGGAGGCUGAAGCACUUACCAGGAGGAAGCUGAAUGAAGGGAACACCCAGUCAGCCACCUAUGGGGGUCACCUCCUUGACAGCCGACGGGAGAUUGCAGACCUGAACAUCCAAAUCCAGAAGCUGAGGUCCUGCAUCGUGUCCCAAAAAAGCCAGUGCUUGUACUUGGAGGAGAAUAUCAAAGAAACAGGAGAGCACGGUGAGACGGCCCUUAAAGAUGCCAAAGCCAAACUGGUCAAGCUAGAAGAAGCCCUCCAGAAGAGCAAGGAGGAUAUGGCUCACCUGGUGAAAGAGUAUCAGGAGCUGAUGAACAUCAAGCUGGCCCUGGACUUGGAGAUCCUCACUUACAGGAAGCUGGUAGAAGGAGAGGAAAGCAGCAUGGAGUCACCAAUACCCACAGUCAUCAGCGCCGUCCACUCCAGACCAAAGCACCCAGUUUCUGCCAGCACCUUAAGGAACUCCAAGCUGUUUGCCAGGGGGACAGGCAGUGCCAAUGGUGAGAUGAAGCUGAAUGGAGGCAGCACAAAAUCUCUGCCCUCCAGAAGCCACAGUAACAAGCUGGCAGCACCUGAAGCAGAUCCCUACACCUACAGUGCCCGGCCAAAGCUCAGCUCCCUGCUCGCUGAAGAAUGCUCCUAGGAGGAGAAACAGCCCCACAGCACAAACCAGACCCACAGGCACCUGUAGGCAAAUGAGGCCAGAGCACUUUCUCCCGAACUCAAGCCAAUGUCCAAAGGCUGAAAGGAUGGGAAUCCACUCCAGGCUGCCCCUUUUACCUUCACAGCAUCCCAGUUAAUAUCUCUGUUACCAGUUUCAAUCAGAAGCCAAGCCAGGCUUUUAGAACCUCUUGUAUGAAACCAUACUGACACCUUCUUCCUCUCUAGGUCUGUUUUUAGAGAGGAUCUGCAUUCAUAACCAUUGAGAUCUAUCUAUAGGAAGCUUGCCAGGAAGAGAAAGUAUUAUUACACAAGCUCUUCACACAGUAGCUAACAGCCCAGCUAUUUUACCAGUAUUAUAAAACCAUUCUUUCUGAUCUGUCUCAGUUCUGUGGGUGUCCAAGAGGUGCUCAGUGAUGUGGCUUUCAAUGGAAGGCAGCUCCAUGUCUUCCAAGCAGAGCAGGGGGAGAUGUGGGCUAUCAACUCAAGCCAGAUCAAUUUGUGACACCUGGAUUUGCAUCUCCGCUGACAAAUUGCCGGCUCUAUUGGGGAAAUCCUUGCCUACUUCAGAGUAUUUAACCAAUUUUACUGCCUUUUGGGUGACCCCUCAUUCUCUCCCAUGCCACUGAAGCUAAAACUCCUCCAGCUUUCAUUCUGAUAAGCCACCUCUUUCCAACAGAGAGCAUCUCUGCCUGCUGCACAUGAAGGCUCCAGACUUCACAUGCAACGGUGCUAGGUCCUAGAAAUGGGACAGUCUCUGGUUCCCAUCUAACUAAAACAAGCAGGACUUGUCUUUGUAUUUAUUGAACUUCUCUAGUGGCUUUUACCUUACCUGGCUGACCCCAGCUCAUGCACACAAGCUGCGAUGCACCAAAGCUCCUGAAGCCAACUCUAUAGCUGCACUCGUGGCUUCAGUACAGGCACUGCUACAUCCUUAUACACACUGACACAGGCAGAGCCCUGCAGUAUUCCUUUAUGAGGCUCUGACCUCAAUCACUGCCAUGUAACCCCACCUGAAUUCACAUGUCAUGAGUCUCAUGGUGCAUCUCCAUUGAGCACAUCGCAGCAUUUCCAUGUUUCUGUAGGGUAGACAACGACUGUAGCAUCUAUGUAACCAGAACACCUGCUCUCCAGAGUUAUAAUAAAGUACUGAGUGACACA